UGCCACAGACUGACUGAAAUUUCAUAUUCUUAUUUCUAUUCAUCUAUUAUUGCUUAUUAUUUUAAAUUUGUUUAAAUGCUGUUAUCACGUUACUAAUACACAUAAAAUAUAAUAGCAGCAUAAUAAUCAGCGUGAAAAAUGCAGCUGAAACUUAGCGUUUUAUUAUUGUUAUGGAACAUAUCAACGACAUUCACUGCUACCAGUCGAAAUAUACAGACUGUGAGCGAUGAUGACUUAUUGCAAUUGAUAAAAGAGAAAGAUAAAUUAAUUGUUUUAUUCUCAAAACCAGAAUGUGACAUCUGCAAUAAAUUUGAACAUAACCUAGAAAGUCUGCAAGAAGACUUUAAGAAGCACUUGCAUGCAGUUACGGCAAAAACAGUGAACAGCCACUUAUCACGUCUAUAUAGCCCUACCAAAGAACCUGCACUAGUGUUUUUCAGGCAUGGGGUACCAUUGUUAUUCAAUGGAGAACCAGAUGAGAACGAAAUAUAUGGGUUUUUUGAAAAAAAUCAAUCUCCUGCUGUUAAGGAACUCACAGACAAGAUAUUUGAACAUAUAACACAAGCUGCUACUGGGGCUACCACUGGAGAUUGGUUUGUUAUGUUCUAUGGCGCCUCAUGUGUUGAAUGUCAGAGGUUGCAUGCUGUAUGGGAAGGUGUUGGUGCAACAUUACGUGGCCGCAUAAAUGUGGCGCGAAUAGAUGCAAAUCUUGCUGGAGUUGUAACAGCUAAGCGUUUUCAAAUUAUUAAAUUACCGUCAUUCCUUUUCUUCCGCUUAGGUAAAGUGUACAGAUAUGAGUUGCCAAAGAGUGAUAUAAAAUCUUUUGUUACUUUUGCACAAGACUGGUAUAAGAAUAGUAGAUCGGAAACUGUGCCUUUACUUGCAUCACCAUUUGAUGAAUUGGUGGAUUGGAGUGUUGUUACAAUUAAAGAAAUAGUAGCAUAUACUUUACAUAUCCUGGCGGAAUAUCCAUGGAUUUGGCAAAUAGGUGUUGCUGGGUUCGGACUAGUAGCAUUGACAGCAUUGAUAGCAUUAGUGAAGGCUGGGAAAUCGAAACCUAAAGUUAAAAAUACUAAGAAAGAAAAGAAGAGCAAAUAAGAAGAUUCCUCAAAUUAUAAAACUAUCUGUUUGUUUAUUAUGUUUAUAUAAUAUUUUAUAUAUACUUUAAUAAUUUCAUUAUAAGGAAUAUUUAUUGGAAUAAAAUUAUGUAUGUAUGCAUAAUAAAUAUUAUGAUCUUCCCAACCGGCAAAAAAUAUGUUAGUGUCGAAUUAGGUGUCAAGAUACAGGUUCUAGAGAAGCUCUUAAGAUAUUUUAUUAUC